AUGAAAACUUUAUUAAUUCUUCUGGUACUCGCCAUCUUUUGUAUGCACUCAACUUCCGCACAAUCGGAUUGGACAGGCUCGGGCACCAUACUGGAUCCUAUUGGAGGAGACCUGGCUUACCAAGGCCCUCCUCGAUACACCAGCUACAACAAUUACUACCGAGGAUACUCGCCCUACUACAACUACGGAUUCUUCGGCUAG